AUGACGGGUGGCAUCCCUCAGGGUGCGGUCGGCGUGUCUGUCAUUGUCCUGCUGUACUCUGCAGGAUGUCUCACGCUCACUACGCUGCUGACUUGUCUGCUUGUUAGCUUUGGCGAAGCAUGGUCAUAUGUCACCAUCUUUUCCGGCUUCACGGCUCUCAGUACAUUUGCGUCACUCAUCCAGCAAAUCCACUAUGCCGCAGCUUGGGAGGUCAUCAAAGAAGCACAAUUUCACAAGGCUGUGGAGUCUCAAACUCGCAAAGGCCUGGCAUUCGGCGGCGCUGCUCAGAUCGUUGACCAAGUUCUAUUCUAUAUCCAAUUCUACAGUUACAAUGUCAUGGCACUCAAUGUCUUUUUCUGGACGGUUGCCUUAUUUGCAGGCGCAUGGGAGCUUCGAUCGAAUUGGCUUGGCGAAUGGCAACACAGGAUGGCCCCAGUCUCGAAGGUCUUUUCGGUUCUCUUCCCAAUUCUCGUUAUCGGAUUGAUGCAGAUUGAGUCUCUACAAAAGGAACCAUCUGCUUUUAUCAUUGUUACAUAUUUUGCAAUGUUCACGAGUCUUUCCAUGGGUAGCAUCCUACUAGUCUUAAUCCUCUAUAAGUACAUGAAGACUCGCCGACUUGUAGCUGGACAUUCGCAGAGAAGGGGUCGCUGGUGGGCCUCAGAUGGAUCCAAGUCUAGGACUGAUGAAUCAGCAUAUGCCGAAGGAACAGUCGAUACCGCCAUAUCAGGAACUCUUUCGAGCACACGCAGGUCAAUUUAUGACCGAGCACUUAUCACUCGCUUCACUAUUGGUUUUGUCAUUCUUGCGUUAUUCGAAAUCACCAUCAUAAUUUUCACACUAUUUCAAGCCAGUAAUAACGCCAGCAUUGCCGCAGCCGGCAAGCCAGACUUCAGCGUAUCUGGAUCCAUUGUUGACAUCGUUCUUUUUAUUCCCGGAGUUACGGCAUCCUUGGUCGCCUUCCUUGUAUUCGGGACAACCAAGUCAUGGCGUCAAUAUCGAGACCUGGUUGUAGGCGGGUGUGGCCUGAGACGAAAAAUCGUCCACAGAAAACAGCAAAGAGAUGAAGAAGCGAGCAGGCCUCAAGGCUUAGAAUUCGAGAGGUUGCCAAGUCUUCAGAAAUCUGCAUCCGAAGAGCAGCGAAAAGCUGUACAGGAGUCUGAAAACCGGGUCCGAAUGUUCGCCAGAGAGUUGAAUCACAAUACAGAACCUGCUGCCGAAAGCUCGACUCCUCCAAAAGCUCACCUACGAUCCCCAAGCAAUACCCGAGUUCCGCAAUUCCAUCGCCCCAUGCCACCUAGAACAGAAAGCAGCUUGACAUCUGGCCUCAUCGAAGUCGGCAUAUCCAUCGCUCCGGGAAACCAGGUCGUCCAGUAUGAUAGUCCGAAUAGCAAGAAGAUGCAGCCACAAGAGUCGAUUGCAGAAAGGAGCUACGAGUUCUACCACGAUGUCCUUCACUCCGGCUCCUACAUCUGGCGCAUCCGCUCUCUGCACGCCCAAUACGGCCCCAUAAUCCGCAUAUCCCCCAACUGCAUCCACAUCAACGACCCCAACUUCUACGACAUCUACAGCGGCAGAGUUGGCGAGAGGCGCAACAAAUAUCCCUGGUCAGUAACGCACUUCGCCUGUCCGCAGUCCAUAAUCGCGACCGUUGAUCACGACCACCAUCGGCUGCGCCGCUCAGCCGUAUCCCGUUAUUUCGCUAAGUCGAACAUCCGAGCUAUUGAGCCGGAGCUCAAAAAGCAUGUGGAGAAAUUCAUGGAGAGGAUGAAAGAGUUUGAGGGGAAAGGCAAUGGGCGGUGGGGAAAGGGAGAGACGGGCUUUGGAGAGCCGGUGAAUAUCUGGAAUGCGUUCAAAGCGCUGGCCAGCGAUGUGGUGACGGGGUGUGCGUUUGGCGAGAGCCAUGAUUUCCUGAGUAUCCCGGACUUCAAUGCGGGGUUCUGGAAUGUGUUUACGGAUGCUGUGAGGAUGGAUGCGCUGACGAAUCAUUGGCCUUGGUUUCUGCCGCUUCUGAUGAGCUUGCCGGAGUUUGUCAGGGAGGGGAUGGGGAUGGGGUAUAUGUUGGUGUUUGAAAAGAAAUCACGAAAUCAGUUGAAACGCAUGGUCGCAAACCGAGAGCUGGAAGAGAAAGGCACCAAGACCAUUUUCGGAGACGUAUUGCGGAGCAAUCUCCCUGCAGCAGAGAAAAGCGUUGACAGAAUGUGGCAUGAUGGCCAAGUUUUCAACGUAGCAGGAAGCGAAACAACGUCCUGGACAUUGGUGAAUUGUAUUGUUUACCUGCUCAGUAACCCUGAGAUCAUGACGAGCUUGAGAGAAGAAUUGAAAACCGUGUUGAAGGAUGGCACAAUUACUGGCGUGACAGUCGCUGAGCUGGAGGCAUUGCCAUAUCUCACUGCUGUUCUCAAAGAGUCUCUGAGGUUAAGUUAUGGAAUUUCAGGUAGACUGUACCGCAUAUCCCCAGAUAAAGCUCAAGUCUUCAACGAUGGAACGCGGGAUUGGAUCCUUCCAGCAGGCGUAUGUUCUCUAAACUUUCACAGUCCGUAG